CUCCUGCAGCCGGGCCUCACAGACCACCGGGUCCCACCUGAAACCCCGCCCGCCACUCCGCCCCAGUGGAGCCAAUCAACGCCCAAUUUGCCCGUGAUGAGGAGGGGCUUAUGCAAAUCAGAUCGCCUCCGAAAGAUACAUAGUGAUACAAGAGCUGGGAGGUGGCUUCGGUGCGGACCUUGGAGAGCCUGGCCGCCAGCCCGCGAGCCAAUCUCGGUCCCCGCGGCCCGCCGAGGCUCGGAGCUAUCCCGCGACCCGGCGAGCGGCUUCAGACCCUGCCAUGGGGAAAACCAACAGCAAGCUGGCCCCAGAGGUGCUGGAGGACCUGGUUCAGAGCACCGAGUUCAGCGAGCAGGAGCUGAAGCAGUGGUACAAGGGCUUUCUGAAGGACUGUCCCAGCGGCAUCCUCAACCUGGAGGAGUUCCAGCAGCUCUACAUAAAGUUCUUCCCCUACGGCGACGCCUCCAAGUUUGCGCAGCACGCUUUCCGCACCUUCGACAAGAACGGCGACGGCACCAUCGAUUUCCGGGAGUUCAUCUGUGCCCUUUCGGUCACUUCCCGCGGCAGCUUCGAGCAGAAACUCAACUGGGCCUUUGAGAUGUACGAUCUGGAUGGGGACGGGCGUAUCACACGCCUCGAGAUGCUGGAGAUCAUCGAGGCUAUCUACAAGAUGGUGGGCACCGUGAUCAUGAUGCGUAUGAACCAGGAUGGGCUCACACCCCAGCAGCGUGUAGACAAGAUCUUUAAGAAGAUGGACCAAGAUAAGGACGACCAGAUUACGCUGGAGGAGUUCAAGGAGGCGGCCAAGAGCGACCCAUCCAUUGUGUUGCUACUGCAGUGUGACAUGCAGAAGUAGAGGCUGGUGCCGGGCGUGGCCAGGCGGGGUGCGGCCACUGCCCAAGCUGUUGACCUCUCAGCUGGCCCUUCCCCAGGGGGAGGGGUACUCUGGCCUCACUCUCUGGCCUAUCCACCCCUCUGCCCAAGCCCUUGCUUCUCUCUGUCAAGAUCCUUGAGGGACCACCUCACCCUGGAAAAGACAGAUCCUCAGGUAUCCUGUGGUUAGCCCCACCCCCAUUCACUGGGCCUGGCUUUUGCCCCAGGAGGCAGGGUUAAAGGGGGGACUGGGGUUCUGCUUUGAAAUUCUGUUCUUCCUGAGAUUAUGCUUUAUAGGAUAUGGUCUCACAGACCCCAGCUAAAGGGCCAAAUUGGGUCUGUCCUUUGCUGAUCACCCAGAUUCCUUAAAGGUGGUCUCUGCCCUGCCCUCCUGACUCUACCUGGCCCCUUUCUUCCCAACCUUUGGAGUGUUCCUUCAGUCCUUUCUUCAGCAAAUGUUUAUGGAGCACCUGUUCAGUGCCAGACACCUCUAAGUGCAAAGGCACAGUUUACAAGACACAUUCCAUGCCCUCCCGGGGCUCACAGGGUAUCGAGGCAAACUUCCAGGGGUCAAGGUCUCUGACGGGAACAUUGAACACAGCUGAGUAGAGGAUAUGGUGAGGUUGGUUAGUAUGAGGGGAACUAUUAAAUUCAUCAGCCCAGCUCCACACAGAGCUGCUGAAGGGUGAAAUGAAAAGUGAUUGGAAGUCUAGGAACCAUGUGAGUGGAAAUUUUCAGAAAAGGAAAUUUAUGUAAUACUUAUUUUUUUAGUGCCCUCUAAAGGAGCUAAAGUCAUUUUAUUAGUUUAGGAUAUUAAAACAUACUUUGUAUUACUUAGUUUCUUAUAAAAUGAUUAAAUGAAUAUAGAAAGUACUAAUUUUCAGUGGGGGGAAAGAGCUGAGGAAAAAAGACGAAAAAUAUUACCAAAUGUACCAGACAAUACUUUUCGUAUCAGCCUAAGUCCUGAGCUGUCAUCAGCCGCAGUUUCUGCUGCUUUCUUUUUAAUGAUGUUUUUCAAUUCAGAGAGCAACUCUCCAUUGUGCACUUCCUUUAGUUGGGGGCUGAUUUUGGAAAACAGGAAAAAUAAGGUUUGCGGAGAGUGAGACAAGUAUAUGUCCUACAUCUUGGAAGUUCCUUUCUGGAGGUGGUCUAGUGUCAAGGAUGGGCUGUUCUUUCACUGCUACAGAAGCAGAAAGAGCUGGAAGAAGAAGACCACUGGCCACUGUUUAGGCUGCCAGGCUGCAUUUCUGGACCAAAUGCCUAAAAAUGCACUGGGCACACUCCAUUUGAAAGGCUUUUUCUAACCCUAAAUCCUAAAUCUGCCAGGUAAUUCAUCACCUUCCAAGAGCACUGGCUUUUUUUCCAAUGCCUGUUUUCCAGUUUUGAAUCCAUAAGCUAUACAGCUGCAUGCUUUGACUUCCAGAAAAUUAAUCUUGCUUCUUCACCAAGUCUUUUGCUUUUCUUUCUCUUGUACUUGUGAUUAGAAAUUUUGAUGUGCAGUGACAGUUGAUUUCCUCUUGAACCACCGGUGGAAUAGUCUAGUACACAGGUACUGUCAGCCCAGGGUGGGAGCAGGGAAUGAUUGCUGAGUCAGGGGGUGUGGGAUUGUAUCUGCAGGAAAGAGAUGCAGCAUGCCUCUUACUUCUGAGUGCUCAUCUCUCCUCUCACUCUGCAGAGGGAAACUCUUGGGGAUGCUGACUUUUGGUCCCACACUAUCCUGGACCUUCCUUCUUGCUGCCCAUGGAGGUAGCAAGGCCACUGAGUUGCCAUCCUCUUUCUAUCCUUCUGUCUAUGAUGAGCUGCACAUUAUAAGGCUGGGGAAUUCACAUCCUCAGCAGAAACCAGCAGGUUUUUAUCCAGGAAUGCCUCAGGGGAUGUUCCACUGCUCUCAGGAGCUGGCCAUUAAGUGUGUCUCGUGCUGUCAGCACCACAGAUACAUAGCUCAGUCUAGCUCAGCUGAGACUUCCAGUAACGACCUUUCUACCAGACGGGGUUCCUAUCCCCCACAUGUUGAAACUAACCUAACACACAAGCACACAGAACUUCAUGGCUUCCAAAGGCUUGUCAAUUACCCCAUCUCAUUCUGUCCUCACAGCCUAGGGAAAUAGGGAUUUUCACUCCCUUUCUGCAGAUUUGGAAAAGAGGCACAGAGAGGGGGAGUCCCUUGUGCAAGAGCACACAGUCAGGAGGUGGCACAUUGCCAAGACUUGAACCCAGAGCUCUAAGAGGGUUUCUUCCCUUCGGAGUUUCUUCCCUGCCCAUUUCUCUGAUAGACUCAUACAGAGGUUGACUAUGGGGCAAGCUAUGUUAGUUUUUGUCUUUUACAAGCUUCCUGCUAAGAAGUUUCUGAGACUGUGGUCUUCCAAAGAGAAAUAGGACUUGGCUGAAGUGCCCAUAUUUUCAAGCAUCUUGUUUUCUGCUUUUGGGCAGCUCUGCCAAUGGGUCAGCAGUGUUCUAGGAGGCCUCUGAUUCAGAACCCUGGAAGCAUCUUGUACUGUCUUUACCACCAUCGUCAUCCCUAAGAGAACUGUUUUUGUUUUUUCCCAGCUGGUGGGCAGGUCCUACCCAUGAGGGCAUGUUUGAUCACUCUAAUCCUCUGGACACAUACCCAUGGGUGAUAUUUGCUGGCCAGGCCAAAGAUUCUCAGAAAGCCAGCAAUGUGAACACAUAAUGCUAGGCUGGGAACUAGGACAACCAUCUUGCUGAUUGGAGGAGACACAGGUGAGCCAGGCCUUGCUCCCACAUGCUCCUGAAUGUCCCAGAGACUUUGUGCUCAGGAGCUCCUAUGGUAGAGCAUCAACCCUGUCUUCAGCAGAGAGGCAGAUCUCCCAUUCCUGGUGCAGUCAAGAAGGACUUGCCAUAGAUUACAAGGUUAGCAGAAAUAAAAGUAUGACUUACAUAGACACAAAAAUAUACACACAGUUAAAACACUGAUAUAUCCAAAUUCUCCUUUGAAGUUCUGUGUCUCCUUGCAGCAACUCUGAAUUGCAAAGUCCCAGAAUAUGCCUUCUAACUGCAUUCUGUUAUUUAUCCUUUUGGGCUGAUUUAGAUGAGCCCCUUAUUUCUUAUCUCUAAGAAUCAUCAGCAAGGGCUACUUCUGAUGGUCACUUCAGUCCUUUGAACUGUAGUCGAGAUUAUAUAACUCACCUUUCAAUCAAAGGUUAAGAAAAAGAAAGCCCAUAAACUAAGGCACUGAAACUUUUCCUGACAAUGGCAAAGCCCGCAGAGUAGACAUCGCCCUGCUACAGAGUGAGAAAAGGAGGAGAUGGGAGAAAAAGGAGAGAGAAUAAGAGAAUACACUGGGGCUUCUAAGCAGGGUAGUAAGCUGACACUGUAAAUAUUUUACACAAAAAUUUACCAAAGCAACAAAUAUUUCCUGAAGAUCCACCCUAGGUGAGGCUUUGUGCCGACUUUAGAGAUCAUGUGGGGACAAGAAUACAUUUCUUACAUAUUUUAUUCAUCAUUUUGAAAAAAAUAAUUCAAAUCCCACAGUUGAAAAGUCUUAGAAAAAUAUGUGAUUUUUCUUUUUGAAAUUUUCAGAGUUUUCUUUUACCUUUGCCAGAGAAUACGAAGACAGGAACAGGCCUCCCAGGAUGUAUGGCCCUUCCUGCUUGGUGGAGGCUUGGGGAGCCGGGGGUUGGAUGGCAGAGGGGAGCCUCCCAAGCCAUCCUCCAGCGUGGCCACCUGUGCUGUCCCUGGCUGCACCCACAGUGACUGUCCUCACUGUCUGACCCUGUGCUGUGUGGUGUUUUUCUCACUGACAGUGAAUAAAAGGUGUGACUGUG